GCGGCGGGGCGGGGCGGGGCGGGGCGGCAUGGCGGCGGUGCCCGCGGGGCUGUUCGCGGUGUACAAACCGCCCGGGGUAGCGUGGAACUGCGUGCGGGAUGCGGUGGAGGCGCGGCUGCUGCGCGAGCUCAACGCGGCCCCGGCCCGGCCCCCGCGGAGCCGCAUCCGCUUCCUGCCCGCAGCGAGCGCGGGGCCGCCGGGGCUGGUGGCCGUGCGGGUGCCGGUGUUGGCCGAGCACCGCCUGGUUCGAGGGCCCCGCUUCACGCAGCUGAAGAUCGGCGCCGGGCACCGGCUGGACGUGAAGGCCUCGGGGGUGUUCGUGCUCGGCGUAGGCCACGGGAACAAGCUCCUCAGCCACCUGUACAACUGCCACCUGAACAAGGUCUACACAGUCCGUGGGCAGUUUGGUAAAGCUACCAAGGACUUCUCAGACACGGGGAAGCUGGUAGAGAAAACAACGUUUGAUCAUAUCACGAGGGAGAAGCUGGAACGGAUUCUCGCCGUCAUCCAAGGAACAAAUCACAAGGCCCUGCUGAUGCAUUCUAACAUCGAUAUGAAAACACAAGAGGCAUAUGAGCUGGCUGUGAAGGGCUUGAUCCGCCCCAUGGGAAAAAGCCCCCCGAUAAUCACCGCAAUCCGGUGCCUCCAGUUUGCGCUCCCCGAAUUCCAGCUAGAAAUCCAUUGCUUGCAUGAGACCCAGCAGUACCUCCGAAAAGUAGUCCACGAGAUUGGUCUGGAGCUGAAGUCGUCUGCUGUGUGCACACAAGUGCGAAGAACACGUGACGGUGUCUUCACACUGGAUGAUGCUCUCCUGAGAACACAGUGGAACCUGCAGAGCAUACAGAAGGCAAUUUCGGACUGCCAGCUUAAAGUGAAAACUGAGUUAGAGAAAACACUGGGUCAUUGGGAUGGAAGUGUUCUUCAGGAGAUGGAUGCUGAGCCAGCCCACGCCGCCGACAGCUGAGUGUAUGCUCCCGAGGGAACAUCUACAACCCAUCUCUGCAGCACAAUAACAUCGCUGCGUGCUGACAGAAUGAUGGACAGCAGAAGGAAGGAGGUUAAUUGCAGUUCACUUCCACCAUUUCUUCGAGAUGACCUUAAUCAGAGAGGCAUUUUUGCAUUGACGGGCUGUAUAUAUAUUUUUUUAAGCAUUGCAAACAGUUCAUUGACAGGAGUUAGCCGUGCCAAAAUUCCCGUUGGCUUCAGGAUCAUUAGGUUGCUAUGGGAUAUAGAAAGCCCUUCCCAAAUUGUUCAGCAGCAGGAAACACAGGCAGCAUCUUACAGAGCUGCGUUCCCUUGAUUGCACAGACCUGUGUGUUUGUGCACCCAGCAGCACAGCUCAUCUAUCGCACAGGUUUUUAUUUUCCCCAUGUUCCCCCAGCAAGAGCAGUGUCUUUGAUUCAGCCCCACUUUCAGAUGCACCAGAGCCAGAAAUGAGACUAAAAGAGGGCUACAAAGGAGAAAAUGCAGCUUUCCUGAAGUCCUGCAGGGAAGUGGCUAUCGGGCAGAGUAAGUGCGUGCUGCUGGGAAAGAGGGUUGUGAAGAGAGGAAUGACACAAAAUGAUAGCAACAUCAGAAAUACAACUGAAAGUAACCUGAAGGGAAAGAGGCUGUUUUUGGGUUCGGCACCACAGACAAGUACACUGACCCUUAAAUUAAAAAAGAACAAGCUUGUUUUGUUUCUGCUUAAGAACCAAAGGUGUUCGGGGGGGUUGUGGUAUCCUGUCCUUUAGCAGCUGGCUGCAGGCAGAGGUACUGCCUCUCUGCAGAGGUUUCAGUUCUGUAAUACCACUUGGUAUCUAUUAGGUCAUUAUAUAUGGAUUGGACUUAGCAGAAAUAAACUUUGUAAGUUUAAAUUAAAAA